AUUAUUUUAAAUUUGGUAUCAUUACUAAUCAACUACUAAUAUGAAUAAAAAAAUGUGGUGUAUAAUUAAUAUAAUUAAUAAAGAAAAAAUCGGUUACAACCUGAUGGUUUAAACAUUGAUUAAAAAAGAAUUAAUAUAUUAUUUGGAAAAAAAUGAGAACAACUAAAUAAAUAUAAUUUUUUCUAACCGAAAACCACUAUUUAUUAUAAAUAUAUAUUAUGUUUUACUAUAACAAGAAUGACCAACCUAAUAAAACCUUUAAUUAUAAUUAAGAGUAAAUAUUAGUCUAAUAUAACGUAUACAUUCAUGUAUAAUUAUAUAAUAAUAAUAAUAAAAACUGAUUAACGGUUAAUUAAUACAUCUAUACAAAACAGAAGAACAAAUUUACAUAACAUAAUAUUAAUAUGAGGCUUUGAGCUUUUCUUUUUGUUAUUUCAGUUUCUAUAUCCAAAGCAUAUAUAUAAUUUAAACCUAUAUACACUUCCAAAGAAAAAAGAGACACAUAAACAUAUACAUAUAUAUAAUUUAAUUAAGGAGAAAUUAAAGAAAUUAUUUCAGAGAUGGAAAGUAUUUCAAAGAUAGAAAAUGAAGAAUGCAGGGCUGCCAUUAGAGACCUUAUAGAGCAACAACAACCUCUUCUCACGGCUAAUAAUAUUGAAGCAGAAGCACAGAAUAACACGGUCGGUCCUAAGACAAAAACUCCGGCUCAGAAAGCUGUUAGAAAGACUUUUAAAGGCACUGCGCACUUGGCCAACCUUCUCCCUACCGGCUCAGUUCUAGCCUUUCAGAUUCUCUCCCCGGCUUUCACUCACCAGGGUCAGUGUCGAUCCCCAGUCAGCCAAACCAUCACACUCGGCCUCCUCAUCUGUUGUGUCGCCUCCUGCUUCCUCCUUUCAUUCACAGACAGCUUCAGGGACCACAGAGGUAAGGUUCGCUACGGGCUAGCCACCUUUGGAGGGUUGUGGAUCAUCGAUGGCUCGUCAUCUUCAUCUUCUGAUUCUGAUCAUUUUGCGGUCAUCAUUACGCCUGAGGAGGCUUCAAAAUACCGCAUUAGGGCUAUAGAUUUUGUCCACGCAUUGGCAUCUUUGCUUGUUUUUGCGGCGGUGGCAGCAUUUGAUCAGAAUGUAGUCAAGUGCUUCUAUCCUUCGCCUUCUGAAGAAGCGAAGGAGCUUCUUGUGGCUGUGCCAGUGGCAGUCGGCGUUGUGUGUAGUUUGUUCUUUGUUGCGUUCCCAAGUAGGCGCCAUGGCAUUGGCUUUCCUCUAUCUCGCCAUUAAUAACCCAUUUUUUUCCUUUUCUUUUUUGGGCAUUUUACGUUUCAUGUAUAAUUUGUUGAAAAUUAUAAAUUGCUUUAUUUUCAUUAUAAUUUGAAAGAGAGAGGGGUAAAUAUUAAACCA